AUGCAGAUCAUCUCCGUCCUCACUGCCCUUGUGGCCUUCAAGCUUGCCGCCGCCCUUCCCUCGGGCCCCGAUACCGGUGUCGUCACUCAUGUCGACUCCGCCGAUAUUCCUGCGGCUUACAAGGUCUUUAAUAAGACCGAUAUUGCUACCCGCGACCUUGACAAGCGUGCUACCCUCGUCAAACUCGAUAGCACUCUCGCUGGUAGAGUGUCCGCCGUCGGUCCCGAUCAGGGAACCUACUGCCGCUUCUUCUUCUCCAGCAACUGCGUUGAUACCUCUUCCAAUAACUGCGAACACUUUGAUGACGUGUAUCCUGGCCACGCCCUGCAUUUAGAUCUGAGUUCUCUUCAACUUCUGACUGCCAGGUCAUGGUACAGAGGUAUCUUGGAAGCGUGACAGAAAGGAGGGCUGGGUGUGUUUCUUUUCCAUGUGUUCUAG